AUGGGCAACAUUUGCUCGCGCAACGACUCAGACAACUUCAGUCAACCAGGCCGGGUGGUCGGCACCAACCCACCCAAUGCUGCACCCCGCGCCGCCGUCCCAGCCAAAACAAACUGGAAAGCCACGCCAGGCCGCACUCUAGGCGAAAGUGACAGCACCAACGCUGGGGCUGACGAGGCGCGCGCAAACGCUGCCAUUGCUGCGCAGAAACGUGCAGAUAACGCCGGUCCAAAGGGCAAGCUGGGGUCUAAAUUGGCUGCGCAGAAGGCGCAGACUCAUGCGCAGACGUUGGGGGAUGUUAGUCGGGAUGAGAGGGCUGCAAGGGAUGCGGAUGGGGCUGCUGAGGCGCGGAGGUGGAAUUGA